UUUGGCACAGUCAAGCUCCGCUGGCUUCAACACAAAAGACUGAGCUGAUAGAUUAGGACGUUUUCUUAUAUUUGGUUGUCAGAGGCCGUGCCUUCAAUAAAUUUCACUGCCCUAGUGGUUAGCUGAUACUGUAGGUUCCCCUGGAAAGUUGUAGUUGUUGUAUUACAGAACAAGAAUAACUAUAACACUGGAUUCGAUGUCAUUAAUUGCACUUUGACUUCCUUUGAAUGGAGUGAACAGAAAGCAACAAUGAAAUAACGGUGUUAACAAUAACAAUAUAUGUUAACAACAUAUGCUUGUCAAAUCAAGCCCAACCUUGUUAAUGCUACAACAUUAUACUGCAGUUUCUUUUUGAGAAACGCUACAAGCGCCAUCAAAACAUGAAUAAGCUGAAGUCAUCACAGCGAGAGAAGGUGAAGCACUUCAUGUCAUUCACCCAGUCAGGGGAGAAGACAGCCAUCUACUGUCUGCAGCUCAAUGACUGGAAGCUGGACAUAGCGUCUGACAACUACUUCCAGAACCCCGACUACUACCACAAGGACUCCCGGCCGCAGGUGGACAGAAAGCGGCUGGAGCAGCUCUAUCUGCGCUACCGAGACCCUCACGAGCCGGAGAAGAUCACCGCUGACGGCGUGAUGCGCCUGCUGGAGGACCUCCAGCUUCACCCCGAGAGUCGCCUCGUGCUCAUCAUCGUAUGGAAGUUCCGCGCGCAGACGCAAUGCGAGUUCACCCGACAAGAGUUCUGUCAGGGCAUGUACGACCUCGGCUGUGAUAGUAUCGACAAGUUGAAGGCGAAGCUGCCACUGCUGGACGCCGAACUCAGGGACCCGGCCAAGUUCAAGGACUUGUACCAGUUCACGUUCAACUACGCCAAGAACCCGGGCCAGAAGGGGCUGGACCUGGAGAUGGCCAUCGCCUACUGGCGGAUCGUACUAGGAAACCGGUUUCCCUAUUUGGAGCUGUGGUGUAACUUCCUCAUGGAGCAUCACCGGCGCGACAUCCCUCGCGACACGUGGAACCUACUGCUUGACUUUGUGCUCACCAUCAACGAGGACCUCUCCAACUACGACGAGGAGGGCGCCUGGCCCGUGCUCAUCGACGACUUUGUCGAGCACGCGCGGCCCAUCGUGCGACAGCGCCGCGGCACGCGCGUCUGAGACAAGCCGAGCGGCGCGCGGCCGAGCGCGCUGCGGGCCGGCUCAGUCAGGGAGAGGGGCAGAGAGGAGGCGGCCGGGCCGGGGGGACGGCCACCGGUGACGGGCGGAGGCCUGACCUGCUGGGGUGGCGCCCACGUCAGUCAGCGUGGCGAGAGCGCGGAGCGGCGGGCCGCGGCCGGGUACCAAUGUACAAUCACUGCUGCUUUUAUACCGUUCCCCGGCGGCACAGCCGCUCCUGUCCGUGCGGCCGCCGCCCGGCGCGCCUUGUGACGGGACGACGCGUCACUAGCCGUUAUGAGCAGCGCUAAACCGCCGCCCGGGUGCCACGCAAACUCGAACUCCGUGUGAGGGGACGCUUGUGGCGGCCCGCGAGGCUCAGUAACUAGAGUGGUCCGCCUCACUGGUGGCUUUCACGCCCAGAUAGGGCCGACUGUAGGAUGAAACAGAGAACGGCCGUAGUGUGAGAUUGUCCCCUGUUGUAUGGACGAGUGAGGCUGGACUACCAGCGGGUGUGUGCCGUUCUAGGUCUGAUGGUCGCCGCGGCCGGGUGGUGUGAUCGGCUGGUGGUGACGGCACGUUUAUUUCUCUGUCCGGGCGCCGCCCCCGCCCAUCGCUACCCGUCAUAUAUGGGCGGGGUCGGCGUCAAUACGGGCUGUUUCUCUGUGGGAUAGUUUUAGUCAGUGCUGUGGGCAGGUUUGUUCAAUAGUGAUCGAUUUUCUCUCAGUAUGCUCUUGGGCGGGUGAAUCCGUCUGAAGGCUAACAGCUUCGUUUUCCCUCUGACUCUUGUUUCGUCUCCCGUAUUCAAAUCAUGGCCCGGUGACCAACAAAGGCUGCCAACUGACACUUCUAUCGAAUAUCUGCCGUUAGCGUGAUUGACUAACGGCUUUAUUGCCCGUAUCUGAAGUGUUUUCCGUUCCCUUUACUACUUAUUGACUGGUGUGGCUGCCGCUGGUACCGGGCCGGACUGCUGGGCUGCUGGUGUUCUGCAGUUCUCGGCGGCCUGACGGCGCCCCCGUGGAUAGUUGUUCCGUGAGCCUCGCCACGGCCGGUCGCUGGACCUGACGCUGGCUGGCAGUCGUAGGCGCCGGAAGGAGGGGCGACACGGGCGGGGAUUGUCGCCCCCGGGCACUCACACUGUGGUUAGGAGAUAUUGCGGUCUGUUUUGCGGCUUGUGAUGCCGCCAAUGCCGCGUGAGAAUCACUAAAUACAUGUACGGUGAUGU